UUUCCUGGUUGGUUGUGAAGAAGAAGCAUGUCAGGAUGUAUAUUGUAAACAUUUCUCUGACAUUAAAUGUGCCUUUGAAACCUCUUAAGAUCAAUCCAAAGUUCCCUCCUACAUAACCCAGCAUUUUCUGCCAUCUAUGUGACUAUCUAGGAGUCGUUUAAAUGUCCCUAAUGAAUCUGCCUUAAACUCCACCCCUGACGGUGUAACACAUACCCACACCACUCUGUGUAAAUAAUUUAAAUAUGACAUUCCCCCCCCCAACACACACACACACUUUACUCCAAUCACCCUAAAGUUAUUCCUGCCCCCAUUACAACAUCACCCGAUUCUCCUUUGUCAAUCCUGUUUGUUAUUUCUUCAAACCCCGAUUAAAGAAGGCCAACACCCCAUACACCUUCGUAACCACCGCAUCAACUUGCAUGGAAACUUGGAGAGAGCUGUGGUUGUGACCGUAAUAUCCCUCUUCUUCUGCACUGCCAAAAAUCGGUUAUUAACCAUGUGAAGUUAGUAAUUUCAAAGAAAAUCACUGCACUUUUCCGGAGGGAGAAGUGUGUGUAAACAUCACGAUGUGUUUGCACCUCCUGGGCACUUGGGGCACAGCAUGAAGAGUAAUGUUAUAGUGGCAGAAACCUAUGUAAACAUGUUGUGUUUUACAAAUCCCUCUAACUUCUCCUCACCUGCCUAUCACCCCACCCCCCCGGUGCCCUUUCGCCUUCCCUUUGUCCCACGGUCCACUCUCCUCUCCUAUCACAUUCUUUCCUCUCCACCUCUUUACCAUUCCAACCCAACAGGCUUCACCUGUCACCUUCUAGCUAUCCUCCUUCCCCUCCCCUUCUACCUAUUAAUGCUGGCCUCUUCUCCCUUCUUUCUCUGUCCCGAAACGCUGAUCAUUUAUUCACUUCCAUAGACGCUGCCUGACUUGCUGAGCUCCAACUGCAUUUUGUUGGAGAAAUUCAAGGGAUCGUAACCCAGCACUGAUAUGCGCAUGCGUAAGGAUCACUCCGGUUCCCGAGUACUGCGCAUGUCAUAGAAUCUCCCCCCCCCCCCCACACACACACACCCCGUACUGGCGCAUGCGCUCAGUAGACGGUGGGGGUCCGGUCGACUCGGCGCAACGGGACUGCGGAUCCGGCAGUUUCCAUUAGCACCGGUAUCGACUGAGGGUUAAUUGUUAUGCAAUCCGGAGCCACCGUGACCGGGGACAUUCCCAAUCUUUUCUCUCUCUCUCUCAGCCUUACGAUCCGUUGCCAGGCCUCGGGGAGCAUUCUCUUUGCUGCGGAGGUUGGAAACGAUAAAGGAUUUGUGUAUGGGAAUCUCAAGCAAAUCAUUUUUGCUUUCUCUGGCUGGAUAUUUAAGGAGUGACAUUUAUAACUCCAAUAUGUUUGUUGUUAAUCCUUGGAGAUGAAGGGGUAGCUCAUUCCAUCUGGAAACAAGUUUUGCGUCUGAAGUGUACCCACAGGAAGCGGGGAGCUGAGAGCAAACCGACAUUUGUUCACUCGAGAUCAGUUCUUCAACUGCAUUGACUGUACGAGGCGUUAACCCUGUCUGAUGUUUGACUUGGUGGAUUGCCAGCAGGGAUUAUCAUUCUCCUCUUGGUGUGUUAUUCUCUCACUCAGCAAACCGCAGACACGACAGUGAACAGAGGGGGAAGCCAGUUCACCUCUGUGUGGGACAGGGUCUACACAGUCAUCCAACCUGAAGAUACAUCAGCAAGUUCACACCACGGUGAGAUGGUUCGCCCGUUCCGUCUGCGGGAAGAGAUUCAUUCAGUCAUCCACGCCAAUACAUCAGAAAAUUCACAGCAGUGAGGGGCCAAUCGCUUGCUCUGUGUGUAGGAAGGGUUUCACUCACUCAGCCAACACACCAGAGAGUUCACAAGGGACAGAGACUGUUCAAAUGUUCUCUAUGUGGAAAGGAAUUCACUCAGCCUUCUGAUCUGCCGACACACGGGUAUGUUCACUCUGGUGAGAGGCUGUUCACCUGUUCAGACUGCAGGAAGGGUUUGACUCAGUUAUCUGACCUGUUGGCACCCCAGUUAGUUCACACUGGGGAGAUGUUGUUCACCUGCUCAGACUGUGGGAAGGGAUUCAAUCGAUCAGCUGCCCUAUUGGUACAUCAGCGAGUUCACACCGGGGAGAGACCGUUCACUUGCUCAGUGUGUGGAAAGGGAUUCACACAGUCAUCUAACCUAUUGGCACAUCAGCGAGUUCACACCGGGGUGAGACCGUUCACCUGCUCAGUGUGUGGAAAGGGAUUCACACAGUCAUCUAACCUAUUGGCACAUCAGCGAGUUCACACUGCAAAGAGCCUGUUCAACUGCUCAGACUGUGGCAAGAGAUUCACUCGAUCAUCUAGUCUACAAAAGCAUCAGCGAGUUCACAAAGGGGACAGGGCUUUCGCCUGUUCAGACUGUGGGAAGGAAUUCACUCGAUCAUCUCACUUGCAUAGACACCAGCGACUUCACACCGGGGAGAGACCGUUCACCUGCUCAGACUGCAGGAAAGGAUUCACUCAAUCAUCCAACCUACUGGCACAUCAGCGAGUUCACACUGGGGAGAGACCAUUCUCCUGCUCAGUGUGCGGGAAAGCAUACUCUCAGUCAUCUCAACUGAAGGUACACCAGCGAGUUCACACCGGGGAGAGGCCGUUCACCUGCUCAGAGUGUGGGAAGGGAUUCAGUCAAUUAUCUCACCUACAGGCACACAAGCGAGUUCACACUGGGGAGAGGCCGUUUACCUGCUCAGAGUGUGGGAAGGGAUUCACUCAAUCAUCUGCCCUAUUGGUACACCAGCGAGUUCACACUGGAGAGAAGCCAUUCACCUGCUCAGACUGUGGGAAGGGGUUCACACAAUCAUUUGAUUUACAGGCACACCAGCGAGUUCACACUGGGGAGUGGCCAUACACCUGCUCAGACUGUGGGAAGGGAUUCACGAAGCCAUCUAAGCUGAAGAUCCACCAGCGGCUUCACACUGGGGAGAGGCCGUUCACCUGUCCAGACUGUGGGAAGCAAUUCACUCGAUCGGGUAACCUACAGGCACACCAGUUAGUUCACACAGAGGAGAGGCCAUUCUCCUGUUUGGUGUGUGGGAAGCGAUUCACUCGGUCACGUGACCUGCAUACCCAUCAGCGAAUUCACACUGGGGAGAAGCCAUUCACCUGUUCAGUGUGUGAGAAGGGAUUCACUCAGUUAUCUUCCCUGCAGUCACACCAGCGAGUUCAUGCUGAGAAGAGACCGUUCACCUGUGCUGACUGGGAAGGGAUUCACUCGAUCACGAGGCCUACAGACACACCAGCGAGUUCACACUGAGAAGAGACUGUUCACCAGCUCAGACUGUGGGAAGGGGUUCACUCGAUCAUCUAAGCUGAAGGUACAUCAGCAAGUGCACACAGGGGAGAGGCCAUCUACCAGCUAGGAAUAUGGGAGUGGAUUGACUUGGCCUUCUGGCAGUUUGACAGGUCGGUUAAUACUGGGGAGAGACCGCUCACCUGCUCAGACUGUGGGAAGGGGUUUGUUCAACCAUCAGGCUUACUGACCAUCAGCGAGUUCACACCGGGGAGUGGCCAAACAGCUACCCUAACUGUGAGGAGGGAUUCACUAGGCCAUCUAAACUGAAGGUACAUCAACAGGUUCACCCAGGGGAGAAGUUGUUCACUUGCUCUCCCUGUGGGAAGGGAUUGACUUGGUCAUCUAACCUAUUGGCACAUCAAUCAAUUCAUACUGCAGAGAUGCUCCAUCUACAAAAAGGUUUUCACCCAGUCAUCUGCCUGCAGACACACUGGCGAGUUCAGCCCAGGGAGAAUCUGCUUUGUUCCGUGUGUGUGAAGGGAUUCACUCACACUGGGAAAAGGUUUCAAUAAGCUACAUGCUGUAUCCAGGGGCAAGUUGAUGUUGAACUCUGCAAUUAUUACUGCUGCUCAUCAAACCCAGUUCUGCACCCUGGUCACUGGGGAUGGGAGGAGUUUCUGCCGAUGUUCACAUUUAAUGGGACUGGAGUUUCUGUGAUAAAUAAAUCCAUUCUAUUUUAAACUCUGUCUCCGGUACUCAGUGAAUCUACAACACUCCCAGUGUACAGUAGGUGGCCAACUCCACCCAGCUGGUCCCUGCCCGUAUUUCUGCUCCACGACAGUCCGUUCUUGUUGUUCACCUCUCGCUGACCCUGUGAUGGCGAUCCAGUUACCACUCUGCUGGUGAGAACCCUGUCCGUGAAUUUCCUGCACGAUGUUCUGCCAACCGCAGAAGACAAGCUGACUGCUGUUUUGUCGGGCGUGUUUGUCCCUCCAGUCUCUGGGCCGAGAAAAAUAUUUUGGUGGUUAAUCACCUUAUUCCUGCCCAUUUCAAAGUUUUCCUGCAGCUGAAGGGCUGUGUCUCAUACAGCUGAGUGUUUUGAACACACCACUGUAGUCUAAAGCCAGGAAGCAGAAUGAGGAGCUGUCAGUUGGUUGCUCAGUGGAGCAGGGUCAGCACAGGGCAGAGUUUUGGCCCCUGGAUAGUGAUAAGAGCAUAUGAUGAGAAAGGAAACAGAGCGGGAGGUGGUGCUGACACUGGAUGACAGAGUAGCAAUGUUUGGAAGUUCAUUGCAGGGAAAAACAUAUAUCUUUGCUCAUUGCGGCCAAAAUGUUCUAUUUUCAUCAUUCCACAGAACUUGUUACCAAAAUGCAUCAGGCUUGUUAAGAUGUUCCUUUGCAAACUUCUGACGCUGAAUUUUGGCCACAAUGAGCAAAGGUAUGCUUGGAGAAAAAAGGGUGCAGAAUUUCAUGAAAAGAACACCUCUCCAAUUGUUAAGCAUGGGGGUGGAUCGAUCAUGCUUUGGGCUUGUGUUUUAGCCAGUGGCACGGGGAACAUUUCACUGGUAGAGGGAAGAAUGAAUUCAGUUAAAAACCAGCAAAUUCUGGAAGCAGACAUCACACUAUCUGUAAAACUGAAGAUGAAAAGAGGAUGGCUUCUACAACAUGGUAAUGAUUGUAAACACACCUCAAAAUCCAAAAUGGACUACCUCAAGAGGCGCAAGCUGAAGGUUUUGCCAUAGACCUUAAAAGAGCUGUGAUGCAAGAUGGCCCAAGAAUCUCACAGAACUAGAAGCCUUUUGCAAGGAAGAAUGGGCGAAAAUCCCCAGAACAAGAAUUGAAAGACUCUUAGCUGGCUGCAGAAAGCAUUUAUAAGCUGUGAUACUUGCCAAAGGGGUUGUUACUAAGUACUGCCAUGCAGGGUGCCCAAACUUUUGCUUCGGGCCCUUUUCCUUUUUUGUUAUUUUAAAACUGUAAAAGAUGGAAAUAAAAAAGUUA